AUGGUUAAGUUGUGCUGUGGUGGAAUGAACUUCCAGGGAAGCAUUUGUUACUGUCAUACUGGUGAUGAAACUGUGCCACAUGAGAACUCAACACCUGGAAAUCUAGCAAUCGCGUUUGAUUUAUUGGUCAAAACUUCAGCCAAGUGUUUUUUUUUUGUUCCAAGAUACAAUGUAGGAUGCACAAAAAGAAUCGGCCUCUUCCCAAUCCGUAAAUCCACCCUGGAGGACACGAAAAAACAAAAAGGACUGAAUGAAAACCCCCAAAACUCGAGUUUGGAGUUAAAAGACAAGACAUCUUCCUGCGUUCGGAAGUCAGCUGGUCACGUGACUCACCCCGCACAGGGGGAAUCAAGCCAAUGUUCAGACUUGUCCGGCAAUAAACAAGACUGUUGGGGACCUCGGGCGCAAGGCGCUGAAGUCCCGCGGGACCCCGGCCAGUGGAACGUGGACGACGUUUAUGUUUUCAUCUGCUCUUUGCCAGGUUGUCUGGAAAUCGCCGAGGGCUUUCGUUCGCAAGAGAUCGACGGACAGGCACUUCUCCUGCUGAAGGAGGACCAUCUCGUGGGGGCCAUGAACAUCAAACUGGGCCCCGCGCUUAAAAUCGCUGCCCAAAUUGGAAUGCUCAAAGACUUGUAGCUCAUCUGUCACGCACAUUUUAUAUUUUACCCUUUGGUGCAGGCAGUCCGAGUCUGAAAUGUUUCAUGCCACGUGUUGUAAUUCUGUAUGUGGUUCCCUUCAAGAAAUCCUCUUUGUGUCACAGCAGUUCAAAGGUUAGUCUGUCACUUUUAUUUGCUCUCAACAGUUUUGAGCCAAUCAUCAUAAAACAAAAUGUUUGUUAGAGAAGCAAUAGCUUGUGUUGAUCAGUUUCAGAGCGCUGUAGUGUCGUCUUUUACACAACACAGCCGUCAUUAGCGAAGUGAUGUCAUUCCUGUAAAUCCAGUUAUUUGUUGUACGCUUUCAGAAAUAUCUUUUUUAAUGUUUGUUAGGGCUUUGGCUCCAAUUUGACAUGAGCGAAUUAAAUACAUUGUAAAUAUUCA